GAAUAUUUUUAGUUUCAAAAAGGAGGGGUGAUCAACGUUUGGUUGCUGGAAGUGCCCGGUUGCUUGCGUCAGUACUCGAUGUGGGGGAAGCUAGUUGAGAGACGGAAAAAAAUAAAAAGGAAAGCACCUCCUAUCUUUGGUAUCAAGGGGUUUAAAUCAGAAAAAAGAGUGAGAGAGAGGGGAGAGAGAAAGAAAGAGAAACUGCAGUGAAGAGAGGACUACAUCAACACAACACCAAUACUGUACAAUGCUUUAGGUGGAUUCCUGCUCUUUAAAUUGAUCUUUUUGCCUAUAUAAAUCCUAAAUACAAGACAAGGAAAAGUAUUGUUAAAGCUCAGGUCUUAAUAAACGGAAGAAGGGAGAGAGCUGUAAACCCCCAGAAUCCGCAAUGCCAGAGCAGAGCAAUGACUACCGUGUGGUGGUGUUUGGGGCGGGUGGGGUAGGCAAGAGCUCGCUGGUCCUACGCUUCGUGAAGGGCACGUUCCGGGACACCUACAUCCCCACGGUGGAGGACACGUACCGGCAGGUGAUCAGCUGUGACAAGAGCGUCUGCACACUCCAGAUCACCGACACCACAGGCAGCCACCAGUUCCCAGCCAUGCAGCGCCUGUCCAUCUCCAAAGGCCACGCCUUCAUCCUGGUCUACUCCAUCACCAGCCGCCAGUCCCUGGAGGAGCUCAAGCCCAUCUACCAGCAGGUGCUGGCCAUAAAGGGCACCGUGGAGAACAUCCCCGUCAUGCUGGUGGGCAACAAGAGUGACGAGUCUCAGCGGGAGGUGGAAACCAAGGAGGGGGAAGCCCAGGCGGCGGCCUGGAAGUGCGCCUUCAUGGAGACCUCCGCCAAGAUGAACUACAACGUCAAGGAGCUCUUCCAGGAGCUGCUCAACCUGGAGAAGAAGAGGAACAUGAGCCUGAACAUCGACGGCAAGCGCUCCAGCAAGCAGAAACGCGCCGACAAGCUCAAGGGCAAGUGUAGCAUCAUGUAGGCCGGCCGCCAGGGGGACAGCGGGGGAGAGUGGAGGGGGCUGGGUUAGCGCUGGAGAGGCUAACCGGGA